GGGGGACUGAAGCAGGGCGUUCAUGUUCUCUCUCUGAAAGCGUCGCGUUAAGGUUCUCGCGCUCGCGCUUGCCGCAUCCCGCACAGCACAAACGGGAACAGCGUUUCUCUCCCGUCAGGAACCGAGUAAAUGGUUUGUUUUGUGUGAAUGGUUUAGUGGAAGCAGCGAGGCCUGUGCUGUUCUCCCGAGGCAGCGGUGUCGUCGUAUGUCUCUAUUGUAUGCAGCAGCAGAAUCCGUGACAGCCGCUUCUUCCAUCGAUCUGUUGCUCUCUGCUGGAUCUCCUGCAUCUGUCCUCUAGCAUCAUCACAACAUCUGGCCGCGGUCGCGCGCGCUCGCGUUCACAUUAAACCUGUUUUGACGUGGACAUUUCUUCCUCUUCUGUCGUGCACAUGGUGAAUAUAGAUGUAAACGCAGCUUUUUAUUCGUAGAUGCCAAACAGUGUUUCAAUCGUCGUGUAGCUAUAUCUGUGAUCUAUUCACCGGCCGUGGGUUUAGUCACGGACAUCGGCGACGGGCUUCUGCGCUAAACGUCGCGGGUGCUGCUGAUGAUAGGUGGCAUUUAUCACGGAUUUAACGCGUUUUACAUCUCGUGCACGGGGAGCGGUGCCAGGACGGAUUUAAUUCUGCAUGAACUCGAUCUAUCAUUUUUGUUAAUAUGACUAUUUCUGUGUUUGAAUGAAAAUCGCCUGUCUGUCAGACAAGGAUCGCCAUUUGUACGGUCGUGGACGGGGAGCGGCGCCAGACGGGAUUUUUUUUUUAGACAUACAAUAUUCAUAUAGCUAUAUAUUAUAUUAAUAACCUGUUCCUUAUUAUUAAUAUUCUAGCUAUUUAAGUGUUUAGUUUUCGAUGAAUAUCAGCAGAAGAGGACCACCCUCAGCUCAUCGUCUCAUUGCAAUACCCUUGACGAUCAACAGUUCAUCGCGUAAAUGCCUCUAAAACCGCGCGAUUAUUAGUCGGAGCGCGCGACGUGCAGUCGAAGAUCUCCCCUUGUGCUCAUAAUGACUAAUAAACCAAAACGCUUCUCCUCUUCGCUCAUGGAUGCUCUUAGUGUUGCAUGUUGAUUUGUCUUAUCGACAGGGUCAGGAGACUGCGUUCACAUUGGAUUGUAUCAUUGUCCGUGUUUAUUAUUCCUCCUGCGUGAAGACGCUCCAUAGGGUGGAUUACUGAAUAUCAUGUUUUUGGCCCUUUUAUCGUCUGGAGAAGAUGGCAGCUGAUUAAAUUUUAAUCUUGAUGCAUUCUGGCGACACGGGAGGAGAAGAGGAGAAGCGAGUGAAUCGGGGAGGAGAGGAGAGAGAGGAGGGAGAGGAGAGGAUGUAGGGUGGAUACAGAAGGUUCAGCUGACGUUACAGGAGACUGUCCCGCCCCUUUCAUCUCGUCCGUUCCUCUGUCCUUACCAUGGCGCUGUCACUCUGGUUACUGUGGAUGUGUCCUGUGCUGCUUAGCAACAUCGCUCCCUCUGAACAAGCUCUGAGUCGAGCGGCGAUGCCCUUCGGUCUGAUGAGGAGAGAGCUGGCGUGUGAGGGGUACCCCAUCGAGCUGCGCUGCCCAGGAAGUGAUGUCAUCAUGAUUGAGACGGCCAACUACGGCCGCACUGACGACAAGAUCUGCGACGCGGACCCCUUCCAGAUGGAGAACGUGCAGUGCUACCAGCCAGACGCGUUCAAGAUCAUGUCACACAGGUGUAAUAACAGGACCCAGUGUGUGGUCGUCGCCGGGGCAGAUGUGUUUUCCUGACCCCUGUCCUGGUACUUACAAAUAUCUGGAGAUCCAGUAUGAGUGUGUCCCUUACAGUGAGUAACACAUACACACGCACACACACACACACACACACACAUACACACACAUACUCAGAGAUACAUGCAUACCACACACAUGCACACACACAUAUUUAGACAGAGAAAUACAUGCAUAACACGCACACACACACACGCACACACACGCACAGACAUACUAACAGACUAACAGAGACAUA